AACCACUCCUCCGCUUUAGCACACGUCUUCACUGUGGGGUACUCAAUGAAGUACUGUAAGAAAUACAUUCGGAAGUUGACACAUGUUGUUCGCAUUCCGCAACGUGAACUCCGAGAACUGUGUUCAGAAUUGCAAAAUAAGCGGCGGUGACUGCUGGCAGUUGUGCAAUAUUUCUGUCCUCUUUCAUCGGAAAUGUACUAGUCAUAAUAAUUGCUUAAAUCUCAUGAGGUGUCUCCAUGGUGGACGACUAGUCUUCUUGUUCAGUUAUUACGGUGAACGUCUCGAAACAUCGUUCAGUAAUCAUGGAAGGUCAUCGGCAAAGCGGGUUAGAAAGAGAAAACGGGAUCCCAGCAAGUAAUUUAUUACAAAAGGGUGGACUCAGAAACAGAGCAUCCAGUCCAGUGGGUGAAGAAAUUGGUCCUGCCAUGAUCGAAAAAAUGGCUCUGCUGAAUGUUUGUGAGAAAGUGCAGAGAAUGCGAGCUGAUCUUGUUGAAGAAGUCGACGAGAAGUUAUCUGAAAUGGUGGGUACAGUGCUUAAGGAGAUGGAGCUGUGUGGUGUUUCCCAACGGCAUCGGUAUGUCCUGGUUGAUGAUGGAAACAAAUACAAGAACAGAGUGAAACCUAGCAAACAUGGAGGUCUGCCAGAAAAACAGUUCAUGGCUCGAAAUUCCCUUCUUACAGACCUGUGUGAGAUAAAGCACAUCAGGACAAUGUACAAUAUAUUUAUUGUCAUACUCAUUAUUUUGUUCAUCAAUACAGCGGUGUAUGAUCUUGUUGUUGUAGGGAGAUUGAAUUUGGGUGUUGAUUUAAUUUUGUGGAACUUUCAAGGGUUCACCACAGUUCUCUUUCUUUGGCUGGGAAUGUCAGUCACAACAAUAUUACUGUUUUGUUGUUUCAAUUUAUGGGCCACACAGCGAAUUCGAUGGGUACCAAAUUCAUUAACAAGGAAGUUUUGGGAUUAUGGUUGGCUUAUUUCUCUAGUCCUUUAUCAGACAAUGUUCCUAUAUGUACCUGCUGUAAAAAUUAUGGAACUGUACAUUCCUCCAGCAUCAUCCAUGGCCCUGCUAAUGGAACAGGUACGCUUAAUGAUGAAGACUUACGCAUUUGUGCGGAGUAACGUACCUCGUGCUCUAGCAUACAAACCUCAUCAAUCUGGGGAUUCCCAAGAAGUGACACCGUGUCCUGGAUUCUCAAAGUUUCUGUACUUCCUAUUUGCUCCAACUCUCAUAUACAAAGAUAAUUAUCCACGGACAAAAGAAAUUUGCUGGAAGUUUGUGGUCUGGUGCUUCUUGGAAGUAAUUGGUACUGUCUUUUAUAUUGCUUUCAUUUUUGAGCGAUUUUUGAUACCAAUGUACCAUGACUUUGGACUACAAAAUCGCCAGAAUACUUCUAUAUCUGAACUGCUGGUGGUGGGAAUAUUUGGUAGCAUAAUGCCUGCCACAUUAGCAUUUAUGUGUGCAUUUUACUGUCUCCUUCACUCUUGGAUGAAUGCUUUUGCUGAGCUGUUGCGCUUUGCAGACCGUAUGUUCUAUAAGGAUUGGUGGACUGCAUCAUCACAUGCAGCCUAUUAUCGUUUAUGGAAUAUCGUUGUACACGAUUGGUUGUACACAUACAUCUACAAAGAUUUCAGUGAGAUUGUGCUACCAGGAAAACGUUUGGUUCCAACUUUAGUUGUAUUCUUUGUGUCAGCUGUCUUUCAUGAAUACAUUCUUGCUCUCACGCUCCGGUUCUUCUAUCCAAUGCUACUUGUGGCAUUUUUAGGAGUUGGAGUUUGCCUACUGCUGCUGACAAAGGACAUCAUGCCCUGUGGGAAUAUCCUUAUAUUGCUGACGGUGUCUGCAGGAACAGGUGUUCUUUCAUGCCUGUAUGGUUUUGAAUGGUAUGCCCGUGUCAACUGUCCACCUGUCUUGGACCCAGUUUUUGAUUUCUUCUUGCCUCGGUCAUGGACAUGUGCAACUGUCUAUGCUAGACAGCAUUAGAUUGAAGAUGAAAAUGUUCCUUUCCAGAAGAGAUGCAACUGUGGUAGUUGCACAAGAGUAUGACUCUAAUUCACUGUAUAUCUUAAAACAAUAUUACCAUUUUUUUAAGAUUUCUUUCAGGAGUACAUGUUAAGACAUGUUCCUAAGAUGGUUUUGAAUCCUGAAUAAUAUUUAUUUACAUUGUACUCAAUGAGGAAUAUACUUUUCAUAACAUUUUACCAUAGUAUAAUAGAAUAGAAUUUCCAGAGAUUAAUUCCAAAUAAACUUUAGUUUUUGUUAAGGAGCUCUUCAAGUACCAUAACAGUGUUGUUAACAGAGAGGCUUACAUGUGCAUUUUAAGAAAGCUGCUGUGUAGCAGCACUGGGAUUUCAGUACUGUUAUUUCUACAGAAGAGGCCAAAUUGAUCCUGAAUUUCUGUUUCCUGAAACUGUCAGUUUGCUAAACUGUGUAUUUUGUUAUUAUCUCUUCCAAGGAAGGAGAAGUCAUCAAGUUACUUUCAUUGAGAGUUCCUUAUAUUUGUGCUGUUGUUUAUAUGAAUACAGUUUGUUAUUCCUUAAUAUGAAAUAAUAUUUCAUAAAGACCGAAAUUCCAUUUGUGGUCUUCAGAUGUGUAAUGCUCACAACAUGGAGGCCUGUCAUGUUUAAAGGGUUCUUUCCAGCAUAUUUUAACUGACCAGAAUCCUGAAAUAUACAUUCCAUGAAACUUAUGUUUUGUUGUAAUAUAUAUAUAUAUAUUUUGUGACGAGUUGCGCAAUGGAGGACACCCCCUCCCUCCCAAGCAGUGACGUGGCACAGCUUCCUGCUGUGACGUGGCACCGCAAUGCAACACCGCUGUUGACACGGGCAACAGGCAACAGCGAACGGAAUAAAAGCCGGCUGAGCAGCAAGCGAGAGUUAGUGUGUGAUCAACAGUUCUCAAGGCAGCAGCCUACGAGUUGAGUUGGAGUAUAGCAGCCGUCGUGGGAAGAAGAACUGGACAUGUGUGUAAUCGUGUAAUUGGGAGUGUGUGAUACAAGGACACUUACAUAGCUCCCCUACUGUGAAUACGUGUAGACUACUGAAGAUA